UUGUGAAGCGAGGUCGACCAGCAGAAGUUAUAGAAUCAUGUUUAAAAUGUUCUGAACAUUGGCAAUAUGUGCAAAGGUUCUCAUUAACUGUAAACAUGAGGGUUCAGAUAGAAGAAGAGGAAUUUUCUCAAUGGCUUUUAAAGCUUGGAAGUGGAACAUUACCUGUCAAGCCUGAAGAUUCUUUGCGAGGGUGUAUUGAAAUACCUGAGCAGUGCUUUCUCAGUGAUAAUGAAUCUAUUGUGGAGAAGAUUUUCGGUGGUGCAGAAGAAGCUGAUUAUGCAAAACGUGCUAUUUUAACGCCAACAAAUGUUGAUUCAUUGGCAAUAAAUGAAGAAGUGCUUCAUCGUUUACCCGGUGAUGUGAAACAUAUUUAAGUUCAGAUAGCAUUGAUACUGAUGAUCUUAAUGAAAUUAAUAACUUUCCAGUCGAGUUUUUAAAUAGUUUGACUCCAUCAGGUAUGCCUGUUCAUUGCCUAAAAUUAAAAAUUGAUGCUGUUAUAAUGCUACUUAGAAAUUUAGAUCUCAAAGGUGAACUUUGUAAUGGAACCCGUUUGAUGGUGCGUGCAUUACACAACAAUUAUAUUGAUGGUGAGGUUUUAACAGGUGUAUCAGCUGGUAACAGGGUAUUUGUUCCUCGAGUUCAAUUAGCUCCAUCAGAUGCAAAUUUACCUUUUACACUUAAACGCCGUCAGUUUCCAGUUAGGUUAGCAUACUCAAUAACCAUAAAUAAAAGUCAAGGUCAAACAUUUGAAAAAGUUGGUGUUUAUCUCAAAAAACCUUGCUUUUCACACGGCCAAUUAUAUGUUGCAUGUUCAAGAACAAGAUCAUUUAAUAGUUUGUUUUUCAAAGUUGAUAAACAUCCAUUACAAGCAAUGCUGAUAAAACUGAAUUUUUUUAAAAAAAGAGUUAUUCCAGCCUUCCAACCAAAUAUUAGAGACUUUUAAAAAAGCACUCUCACAAAAUAAUGCUUUUAUAAUCAAUUUAAAAGUCUUUCAAAUCGUUAACCAUUUUCUAAAGGCGAA